AUGCAUUCUGGCCCCUCAUACUGAAUGACAGAAGGGGCGCUUGUUGUGUGGGAAUUAGAGGAUUUCAGGGCUGUGCGCUUACUUCGUGAUCAAGCAACGUACUGUCAGUCUUGCUCGACCACCGCCACGACAUGUCUCUUGCUGAGAAAAUUAAGGAAACUUUCUCGAAGAAAGCCAAAUUAUUGCAGGGUCACCAACCUUCAAGGGCGCCUCAUCUCGGGCAUUUGUCGGACGAUACCAGGGGAAAUGCCAAAGGAGGCAAAAGUUUAUCAUGCCUGUCUUUGGUAAAGAAAAUUACGGGGAAAUUCUCUAAGGGCGCCAAAACAUUGGGAGGUCACCGAGCUUCAAGGGCGCCCCCUUCCACGCCGCCGGACGACAUCAGGGCAGACUCCAAGGGAGACAAUAAGGGUGGAAAUUUAUCCGGCCUGUCUUUGGCAAAAGGGAUUAAGGGGAUGUUUUCAAAGAGACCCAGAUCGUGGAAAAGCCAUCGAGCUUCGAGAGCGCCUUCCACUACACACUGGCCGUCGCCUGCGGUUGACACCAGAGGUGAUGCCAAGGGAGGCAUCGGGAGCGGCACAGGUGCCGGAUCCAUCCGGAACGGUGUUCUGAGCGUGCUUCGUGUCGUGCAUGCGAGCCUAGAUGGUGUCCCUGUUCCUGGCCUCAAAAGUGUGAUCGGUGGUUUCCUUGAAGUUGUUAGCCAAUUAGAGAGAUUCGGAGCAAACGCUGAUGCGAUUCGUCAACUCCAGCACAACAUCGAAUUAUUUGUUCACUCAAUAUCGGAGCCUCUCAAGCAAUAUGGUGCCAAGGAUCCUGUUCCUCACGGGAUUUCUAGGGCUAUCGAGGCUGUAUCAACUGAAAUCGCUGCGACCACCGCACCAUUGCAAUCGUAUCUAGACAAAAACCCUGCCUACCUGUGGGCAAAUCGUGACAAAAUCGAAGGGGAUGUUCGCCUGGCUGGGGAGAGGAUACGCGGCGCCGUGGCAGCCUUCCAAGCUUCGCAAGCAAUUCAGGUCCAUAUAGGAAUGAUAAGUAUGCAAAAAGAUGUCCAAAUUCAGUUUGAGGUCGGCUUCAUGGGCAAAUCAAGGUAAUUGCCCAUCCAGCGGCGUGAAAAUUGUAGAUUCUGACUAAUCCCAGGCACAGAAACACGACGAAACCCUGGAAGGAGAAGCUAGGCCACAGUUGGGAUCUCAUCGCGGCCAGGGUUCCGGGUUAUUUUCGUUUUGCUCCAUUUUUA